UUUUGUAACGUAGUUUGCAAGUGAUUCGCUCAGCCCUUCAUCUUCCUGAUCGAAAUUAAACAGAUUUGUCAUUUCCACAGUGGUUUUGAAAACACUUGUGGCAACGUUGAUGACUAGAGCCACGUAUUUUUAUCUCCAGCAAUUUCCUACUGGAUCCCCCAACAGGCCCUGACCCGAAACGUCAGCUUUCCUGCUCCUCUGAUGCUGCCUGGCCUGCUGUGUUCCUCCAGCUCCACACUGUGUUACAUCAGAAUGUUUGUCAGCCUGCUAUUCUUGGCCAUCGGCAGUGUACGAGCUCAGACGAUCGCAAAUGCAGGUGAGCGAGAGCUGCCACCACCGAUCAUCGCGCUGUAUUCCCACGAUGGCAUCUUUGAGAAAGGCAGCUCUGCCAGGAUGGAGUGCAGAACACCAGCCUCUUAUACAGGCAGCACAUUUUACUUGGUGCGAGACGGCACAAGUGCAUACAUUGCCCAGCGGACUGUUGUGAGCAGAGAAGACACGGCUACCUUCGAGCUCGUCAACCUUACAGUUCGACAUCAAGGGGACUAUCGAUGCUUCUAUAAGAGAAAGGAGUCCGGCUUUUGGAAGGAUUCCAGACUCAGCACUCCAGUGCGGAUAACAAUCCAUGAUCAAUCCUUGGAAAACCAAUCCCUAGGAGCAGCAGUGUUCAGGAACAUCUGGGUACUAGUUGGCAUGGUUGCAGGAGGAGUUGUAUUGAUCCUCAUUAUAAUCGCAAUGAUGUGGUACAUCUACAGAAAGAGAGCCAUAUCCCAGAGACAAAAUGAAGGUUCCAACCUCUGGACUGCAUUUGACCACAACACCGACAAUUAUGAAGUGACGAAGAGACACACCUUAACACUUUCACAAGGUCUGGAUCUGAGGAGUGAAGGAGACAGAGAAACUGGCUACUCGGCAAACAAUAGCACUGAAUUUUUGACUGAUGUGCGACUAUGUCCUAGAGGGUCACAGAAGAAACCUUUUUUUAUUACAUUCCAAGAACAGUGACUUGGAAGCACUGCACCAAAAGCAGCUGAUGACAUGCAAGGACAUCAGAAAAAGUACCACACAACAAGAGAAGCAAAGACACUCUGCACGUGGAAUCAACUCUCUCCAGUUUUAUUUUCAAUGCAUUUUGGGGUGAACAAUUUUGUUUUCCGUGCAGUGUCAGUUGACAUUCAGUUUUGCUAGUGAUGAUGGUGGAUGUUUUCCCAGCCCAUCCCGAAUAAAAUUCUGUCCAACAUUAAUGUUCCAAGCUGUGUUCAAUU